AUGCAAGACACGACCCUGGAUACCGUCGCACUGGAGAACCCGAUGAGCCUUCGAUUCCCCCUGAUCGCCGUACUCUGUCUGGCCCCGCCGUUGCCGGCCGCGGCCCAGGACCUCGCGCCCGCCGAGCCCGAAUCCGUCGGAAUGUCGUCGAGCCGCCUCGCCGAGGCCACCGAGGCGCUGCAGGCCCACGUCAACGGGUCGGACAUCGCCGGGGUGGUGGCGGCGGUGGCGCGCCACGGCCGCGUCGUGUACUUCGAAGCGCUCGGACAACGCGACCGGGAGACCGGCGACGCGAUGGCCCGCGACGACCUGUUCCGACUGUACUCGAUGACCCGGCCGAUCACGAGCACCGCGGUCAUGAUGCUGUGGGAGGAGGGCCGGUUCCAGCUGGACGAUCCGAUCGCGCGGUACCUGCCGCAGUUCGCCGACCAGCGGGUGUUCGAGGACCCCGGCGCCCCCGAUCUCGCCCGGACCCGCCCGCGCUCGGGCGACAUCACCGUGCGGCACCUGCUGACCCACACCUCCGGCAUCGGCAGCCGCAGCACCCCCAUCUACCGCGCCGAGGGGGUCCGGCUGCGGUCCAUCACCCUGCCCGAGAUGGUGGACAACGCCGCCCGCGUGCCCCUGUUCGAGGACCCCGGCACGCGCUUCCGAUACGGCAUCUCCACCACCAUGCUCGGCCGCCUGGUGGAGAUCUGGUCGGGACAGCCGUUCGAGGAGUUCCUCGCCGAACGGCUCUUCGAACCCUUGGGGAUGACCGACACGGUGUUCUGGGCGGACGGCGAGCGUGCGGACCGGCUCACCACCGUCUACCGCCUCGACGACGGCAGCGGCGAGCUCUACCCCUGGGCCAUCGAGAGCGUGCCGUUCACCGAGCGUCCCGCCCUCAUCGAGGGCGGCGUCGGCCUGCUGUCGACGGUCAUGGACUACUGCGCUUCUCGCAGAUGUUCCUGA